AAAAGUGUUGGAGGAGAAUAUAAAGCGAGCCAUAAGCUCCUUGGAGGACCCCAAUAUGAAGGAAUUUAUCAUGCAGUGUCUCUCGGUUUUCCCGAAGAAACGUCCAUCGGCACACGACCUGCUCUUCCACCGAGAGUGUUGUUUGAGGUUCAUUCACUGAAGCUCCUGGCGGCGCACUGCUUCCUCAACACCCCCUACAUCACACACGAUAGCCUAUUGGAGGAGAAGACCAAAAUGAUCGACCCUCAGGGUAUCAUGGCUACUAUGCCGCGGAAGGGUCAGCCGACUAUGCAAUGGAGGUAUUCCCAGGUUGGGUCUAUGGAGCUGGACAAGUUUCUGGAAGAUGUCAGAAAUGGAAUUUACCCACUCAUGAACUUUGCCGUCUCUCGUCCUCAUGUCCUGCCACGCGCCCUCUCACAGUCCCAGGAAGAUCUACAGACAGUAAAGACCCCCACACCAGAGCCGGUGGAGGUGGAGACCCGAAGGUCACCCAGAUGCACUGUAGCCUAGAGCGCAGGGAAGACAAGGCACGCUUACAUAUGAGAGCUCUCAGACGCUGGCCUCUGAACUCGUCCAUUAUGGCUUUAUCAGCGAGGACGACUGUCAGAAAAUGGCGAACUUCCUGGAAGAGGCCCUCAUCAAGCAGCGCUCCCCUCUGAACUGACCGCAGCUCCUGAGUGGAUAAUUCUCUGGAAUAUGGUAGCAGGAGGCUCUGGAAUAUGGUAGCAGGAGGCUUGUGAAUGGGACGGGGAGGUGACACAGAGUUACUGCUCCAGGGGUGUGGCCUGGGAGUGGCUAUUUGUGACAU